AUGUCGCUGUCCAGGAGCUGCCGGACUGCCCGUGUGCAGGCCCGCAGCUUCUCCGUGUCUUCAAAGCUGCGUGUCGGACCAGAGUCUCCCAACUACAUCGAAAUCCCGCGGACUUUGCAACCCGAUCUUCCUUCGAAGCCCAAGGUCAAGGGUACUCUGCCCGUGCCUCGCGAGAUAUUUCCCCCUCGCCGUGCCGACAAGCCGACCUGGACAUACAUCACAGCGGCCACCCUCGAGCCCAAGGAGAACCCGGUUAAGGCGGACGGUCCUCACGCCGAAGCCAUUGAAUGGAAAAAUAAGAUGGCAGAGUUACGGAGAGCCAAUCUCAGAGAGGGAUUGGUUGAAUUGUAUCAAAGGAAACUGAACACAGAUGCUUUCAUGACGCGGCGCAGCGCUGCGAAACAAGCCCGCAGGCAGCGUGUGUUCGACCAGCCACCGCGAGAGGAUGAGCGCUUGACACGACCGACUGUUGUGAAAGCCAUGGAACCCACGCAGGGAACCGUUCUUUCGGAUCCCAACCGAGAGAAACGUAUCACGGUGUCCCGGCAGCGAGUCCUCGCAAAACAACGGGUGAAAUCGGAAAUCCGCCAAGAAGAUCUCCAUACCCUAUACAUGAACGCCCGUACAUUCAUCACCACAGAAGCCCAACUCGACAAAGAGAUUGAAACCAAGUUCAGCGAAGACGGCGGAAGAGAAUGGGAUUCCGAUAGCGGUGCAGGAAACAAUGUAUGGGCCAAGGGGGCUCCUCCAAGUAUCCAGGAUAUCGUCCGGAACCAAACCACGAGCGAUGCUGGCAGGUGGAGAGUCGAGCAAGAAAGAAUGCGCAAAGUGGUCGAAGAGCUUACUGGAGGAAAGAUCUGA